AUUAAAUUCCAUAUUCCAGAAUUCGUCAAAGAAAAAACCUAGUAUCAAACCUAACUCUAUUCAAAAGAAAGUGAUAUGCUUUCGUUGCGGUAAGGCAAACCACAUAGCGAAAGAUUGUAGAACCCAUGCCAUACAAAUGAUUCUGCCACGGACACCUCGCCUGUCAUUUUCAAAUAAAGCAACCAUCGAUGCGAAGAUAAAUGGGUUGCAGCUAGCUAUGGAGUUUGAUACCGGCGCCGCGUGUAGUGUGAUUGAUGAGGUCACCUGGAAUCGUAUUGGCAGACCACAACUAUCACCGGCUUAUAAAUUAGUGGGAUAUAAUCAUAUCCAAAUCGAAGUACUAGGUGAAAUCAAACUGCAAAAGGCAAUCAUCCGAAUAGAACCGAACACGUUACCGAUUGCAUUACCAGCAAGAAGAGUUCCUUUUCCGUUGCCUGAGUUGGACAGACUUUUAGACGAAGACGUUAUCAAGAAGGUGGAUCCAACAAUAACUCCAAUCACUUGGGCUACGCCAACGGUUAAUAUCUUAAAGAAAUCCGGUGCCGUACGGAUAUGCGGAGAUUUUCGUUUAACAAUCAACAAAUAUCUAGCGAUCGAUAACGAUUUACUACCAACUUUCGUCGACCUAACAAAAGAUACAAUAAUUCCUUAUUCAGCCGAUAUCCCUGUCGUGAUUUCUUGUGACGCUUCCGAAGAUGGUCUAGGAGCUGUUAUUGCACACCGAUUUCUUACUGGCCAGGAGAAACCGACUGCUUACGCAUUGAGGACACUUUCGGCGGCUGAAAAGAAUUAUGCCACAAUUGAUCGGGAGGUUUCGGCGAUCAUGUUCGCUAUCGAGAAGUUUCAUCAAUAUAUUUUUGGAAGACAUUUUAUCUUGGUUACUGAUCAUAAACCAUUACAAUAUAUUUUAGGUGAUAAAAGAGAUCUUAACAAAAUAACAAAUAACCGUUUAAUACGGUGGGCGACUAAGCUAUUAAAUUAUGAUUAUGAGAUAAUAUAUAGACCAGGUAAUCAUAACAAAUGUGCUGAUGCUCUGUCCCGUUUGGGGGUAGAGAAAGCAAAAACCAAUGAUGUUACAAAAAAAUUCGAAGAAGAAAUCAGAGGAUUAAAAAUUAAUUUAAUAGAAGAUUUAUCUUUCACUCGCAGUAAAGUCGUAAGUGAAACGAGCAAUGAUAUAAACCUAAAAGAGAUUAUUAAAUUAAUAAAAAAUCAUUGCCCCAAAUCGAAUGGUUUGGCUGAACGAUAUAUACAGACGAUAAAGACGCGUUUCUAUGCUGGAAGGAGAUGUGGGACUCCGGACCAGUUAAAUUUAGCGAAUGUUUUAAUUACUCACCGUAAUACUCCCAAUGCAACUACUGGUAAAUUCCCUGCCGAAAUGAUGUUUGGAAGGUCGCUUAGGACGACAUUAGAUCAGUGGAAAUUAUCAACGAGAGAAAGGAAGGAAAACGCUCUAUGGAAACAAAAGUACUACAAAGAUAGAAGUGUUGAACCUCGGGAGUUUGAAGAGCAGCAAAAAGUUAGGAUAGCAAACGAAAGGACAGCAGGGUGGCAUGAAGGAAAAGUGUUACAACGAAAAAGCGCAAUAUUGUACGAUGUGAAAUCAGAGGGGAUCGUUAAAAACAAGCAUGCAGAUCAAUUGAGGGAUGCACAUACACAAGAGAAGGAAAUACCCGUUACGUUAACCGAAGAAGUGGAAAAGGCAGAACAUGAGAAUACAACUCUUGAAAAAAGAGUUUCGAAACCCCCACUACGUUAUCACGACGAAUUCAAUUUAUAG